AUGUUUUCAAAAUGGCGACUAAAGAGUGCCCAAGAUGAUCUUCUCACGAUCCCAGGAAGGGGGCGUUUUGGUAACGCCAUGUUUCAAUACGCAUCGCUUCUAGGGAUCGCCUGCCGCAAUGGCAAGCGUCCAGUCAUCUCCAGCAAGACGCCACUCCUGAAACUGUUCAACAUCUCCUUCACCGAUGACGCCGACACACAUCGGUGGAAAGCCAUCAGAGAAAGGCAAUAUGCUGGCUACGACGACCAGUUUGAAGACCUACCUAAAGGAAACUGAAAAUACUCAGUUUUUUUCCAGUCCUGGAAAUAUUUCGAGCCAAUCAAAUCUCAGAUUCGAAAGGAAUUCAAGCCAAACGGCAUCUUUGCCAGACUGGCAACCAACUCCUUCAAACAAUACACUACUCCAUUUCCCAAUCGAACUACCGUUGCUUUACAUGUCCGGAGGACAGACAUCAACCAAGCAUGGUAUCGAAAACGAGGCUAUACAGCGGCUCCCCUGUCCUACAUCCGGAAGGCAGUUGCGCACAUGAGGUUAAAGUUCAUCAACCCGGUGUUUCUUGUAGCAACAGAUGACGAGGGCUGGUGCUCUGAACACCUAACUGCUCAAGACAUUGUGAUCAUGCACAACAUGAAUGAAUACGUUGAUUUCGCUGCUAUGACAAUGUGCGAUCACAUGAUAAUGACGGUGGGAACCUUUGGGUGGUGGGCAGCCUGGCUUAUCAAUGGCUAUACCGUGUAUUACAACGGCUACCCGUUAGCUGGAACGGCCAUAAGCAAAGGUUUUGAGAAAGGUGACUUUUACAUGCCUCAUUGGGUUCCAAUGGGUAAUUAA